AUGGUGAUGCAAAUUGGGAAUCACCGAGAAGUCAUCAGCUUCAAUGUCACCCAACUGUCGGACACGCCUAUAGUAUUAGGCAUGAGUUGGCUGCACAGGCACAGCCCAGCAUUGGCGUGGUACCAGCGACAACUGACCUUCGGCUCCUCAUACUGUGCGGAACAUUGCAUUCUGCCUAGCCCGGAAGGGGAAGAGGAUGACCCGCAGCUACAAUUAGGCACGCUGCAAGCAGUGCCACUCAAGUACGCAGCGUUUUUGGAGGUUUUCUGCGAGAAGGAAGCGGACAAGCUACCUCCCCACAGGUCCUAUGACUGCAAGAUUGACCUCCUGCCAGGGCGACGCUGCCAACCGGGAAACUGUAUUCCAUGUCUGAAGACGAGCUGCAGGAACUCAGGGAGUUCAUAG